CGCCUCUGCCCCGCUUUCCGGGAGCGGCUCGCGGAGCGGUGCCGGCUCCGGGAGCAGGGCCGGGCGGCGCAGGUGGCCCUGGCCGCGCCGCCGCCAUGGAGCCCAACCAGCUGCGCCUCUCCGCGGCCGCACACGGCCAUGGAGGCUAUGAUUCUGAUUUCAGUGAUGAGGAGAGUGGAGAGAAGUCUCUGCAAAAAACUAAAAGAAUAGAGGAAGAUGGCCUUCUGGUAAAGCCAUUCCAAAAAGCAAAACAAGGCAGUGUGGUUCACAGGCAAUUCGCAGCUGAAGAAUGUGAUAGGGAAGAAGCAAGAAAAAGAAGAUUUCACUUGAUAUCCAUGAGUGCUUAUGAAAGACAUAAAAAGUUAGUGCAUGACUACAUUUUAUACUAUGGUGGCAAAAUAGAGGACUUCCGACGAACUGGAGCAAAUGACAAGACGGAUCUUGAUGUUAUUAGAGAAAACCACAGAUUCCUGUGGAAUGAAGAAGACGAAGCAGACAUGAAUUGGGAGAAGAGGCUUGCAAAGAAGUAUUAUGAUAAACUGUUCAAAGAAUACUGCAUAGCAGAUCUCAGCAGAUACAAAGAGAAUAAGUUUGGAUUUAGAUGGCGACAUGAGAAAGAAGUAAUUUCAGGAAAAGGUCAGUUUUCCUGUGGAAAUAAGCACUGUGAUGAGCAAGAAGGCCUGAAGAGCUGGGAGGUGAAUUUUGGUUACAUUGAGCAUGGUGAAAAGAGGAAUGCACUCGUGAAGUUGCGACUAUGUCCAGAAUGUUCCUACAAACUAAACUUUCAUCACCGGAGGAAAGAAGUCAAAGCACACAAGAAAGGAGGCACAGCUGUACAGGACUCUAAAGAGCCAAAAAAUAAGAAGACUAAAUUUUCUCGCUCAACAAAAAAGAAGUCCAAAAAAAAGACCCAUAAAGAUCAGGUUUCUUCAGAAGAUUCAGAUAGUUCUGAUAAAGAUUCUAAUAACAGCGAUGCAGAAGAUGGUCCUUCAGAUGCUGACUUUUGGAAAGGUCCCCUACAAGAUGCAGAUGAAAAAUCACGGGAGGAGGAGUUUGACGAGUAUUUUCAAGACUUGUUUCUCUAAAUCUUGAAAUUGAUAUAGGCUGACUUUCUUCAUGAAUUGUCAAGAUGGAAGUCUGGAAAUCCAGUCAUAAUUUACCAGAGACCUCUUUCUUCCAGCAUACUUUUUCUACAGUCACUCAUAUGAACCAUUUGGGUAGAUUAUCUUUGUAGAAGGCUUCAAAUCUAAAAACUUUGUCUCUUAUGAUAGGUUGCAUACUCAUGAAACAAGAGAAAUAACUCUUUCAGUGCAAAAGAUAUAUGGCACCCAGACUUAAACAAACAAGAAUAUGGUUUAUUAACAUUACAUCAGAAGUUCACUGCUUUUUAUUUUAUCCCAAACUUCAGGUAUUGUCAGAUUUUUAUGAAGGAGCAUUUGUAAGUUUCUGUGAGCAGUUUAAAGCCAUACACUUUAAUAUAUUUGUAUUUUUAAUUUAUUUAACAAGAGGUAAUAGCCUUAAAUUUAUUGGCCAUGUAGACUUUAAUAUUCAGGUAUUAGUCUCCAUAAGUAUUUUCAAGUGUUAUGAAAUAUGUACUCUGCUUGAAUUAAGUAAAUUGUGAAAUGUCUCCCAUAAUCCUUUAAAAAGUUCAGUUUAUUGUGACUUUGUUUUAAAUUUUAGCUGAAAUGCAAUGUGUCUUAUAAUUCCAUUUAUAAAAGUUUGGUUGGUAUUUUUGAUGUAAAACAUACGUGUGUGGCUUUCUACUGGAGAUGUACAUGUGACUUUUAUGUUAUCUGUGGCUUCUGAUCUCCUUUCCAUUAAUUGAAUGUUAAUCCUUCUUUAAAGUGUAAUUCUAAAUAUACAAGUAAAGCAUGUAUAUUGCUUGAGAAACUUACUGGAUUUGUAUUCCUCUUCAAGGUGCAACAUAUCUUUAAAGAUUCAUUCAGUUAUGUUUCACAAGAAACAGUCUGCACAUGAAUAAGUACAGUGGGUAUUUUUUUCUGUCAGGUGCAAAUUACUUUGGAUACGAAGAACAAACUUUUUUAAAUUAAAUUUUCAUGUUAUUCUGAGGAAAGUUACUAUUGUAUAAAAUAUAUCUUUUGAUAAGUACUUCUCACUGUAGAUAUAUGUAUAGAAAGUAUUUAUAGUAUUUGAUGUGGAAAAAGGAACAGCAGAGAUGGUUGCAGUGUAUUUAUGAACAUUUUACAUGCACUCAUGUGAAUAAGUUGAGAACUCUAUUUACAAGUAUUACUUAACAAAAUUACAUUUUGAACAGUUUGUACUUACAUAAUAGAUGACAGUACAAGGACAUAUUUAGGGUGUCCUUGAGUAAGAAAUAAAUGUAGCCUUGCAUGAAGGCUUCUUUAGGUAAGAAGGUGGAUUUAAAGGUUAAUUCUCUGUCAUCUUGCAAGCUUGGUUGAGAGUCAAAUCCAAUCUGCAGCAAUCUGCUUACACGUGUGCAACUUGCCCAAAGGGGCUUUUGUCGAAUGUGUUGCUAUAUUUGUUGCUUCAAGUAUUGUAUAUUAAGUAUGUGUUCUGGAUAACUAACUCCUCUUUGGGUCUUUAAAAUACAGUUAUAAAAAUUUACAGUAUACAUAGUAAAUACAUAAUUUAAUACAGUUUGAAUAAAAUUACAUUAUCAAACAAC